UUGCAGUCUUUUCAAGGUAGCUCUCUUCAGUUGGUGGGUAAAAUCUAACGAUGUGCUAAAGAAGGCUUUAACAAGAGUUAUUUCUUGAGUUGGGAUGUCUACGGAGAAUCGCGAUGGAAAGUGGAACUGGAGUCUACUACCAAGCAAUGCCUGCAGUGGGACCGGAUGGGAAAAAUGUCAUGAAGUUGAUCCCUGUCCAGAAACUGAACGGACAGUAUUUCCAGACACCAUUCAUUGCAGAAAGAGACAAUGUUGAACUACAACUGAAAGUCCUAACAAAACCUGUUCAUCCAUCUCCUACCCCCUCAUCUCAGCCGCAGACUAGACUCUCCUCCAUUCAGCCCAUAGCAGAUAUACGGUAUGUCUUGACAACCCCGCCAGAUGUCAGUGCUUUGAACUCCGAAAAAGUUCAACACAGCGGUACUAAUGAAUUAUCCAUACUUACUCCUAAGCAAGUGCAUGUUCCUCUUGCAACAUCCACAGUUUCUCAGUGUGCAAUACAGUUACCACCUCAAACCAAUGGGCAGACCAUGGCGGUUGUCCAAAAGCUGCCUGUUACUGUAAAGUCACCUGUUCUCCCAAAUGGUCAUUGCCUUCAGAUCCCUCCUAAUGCGAAAGUUAGGACACUCCCAGCCUCUGCGCUCCCACCUUCAAUCAAAAGCCGGAUAAUGAAGUCUGUAAAUUACACCUUUAACAAUGAGAAGGGUCCACCGACAGUUGUGUUGGUGUCCCCUGUGAACUCUGUGAAGCUAAAUCCUGACCAACAAGUGUUUUUUGCCAACCAGAGUCAAAUACAGAAGGCCUUGUCUCAAAAUCAGGCUGCAAAUUUUAGGACAAACCUACCUGUUUGUUCACAAUCCAAUAAAAAUCCUAGUGAAGAUGUGAACACUCCCAUUAAAUGGGUAGUUCAGGAGGGGACAGGUGCGUUUGCUCCAUGUCUUGUACCUGUAGCGUCAACAAGCACAAACUCUGACUCCAAGCACAUAGAGUCAGUCACCACGACAAGUGAAAUCGUGGCAAGCAAACCCACUGCUGCUCAAAUCAGCCAAGAAACGAUCACCCCAGGCAAGGACAAUGCCCUUGUCAUGUGCAAUGGGAAGGUCUACUUUGUGGCCAAAAAGAAUUCGGAGAUUGCUAGAGAUGUGAUGGUCAGUGAAGGUGUGAAAAGGGGAUUUAUCAACACCUCUCCUGCUUUGCCCUCCAGCUCUGCUGGAUUAGACUCUUCUAAAGGUACUAAAGAGCAGAAUUUAAAAAUAAAUGUAAAUGGUGGUACCCCAAAUGAAAUCAUUGAUCUUUGUGAUGAUGAUGAGAGUUCUACAUGCCUGGGAGGUUCCCCUGGCAAUUUGCCCACACCAAGUCAAACAGAGGUGGACGAGAGUGAUGAAGACUCUAAUGUCAUAUUUGUAUCAUAUAUUCCACCAAAGUCAGAGACCCACUCUGGUGAGAAGGACACAAAUUCUGCCUCUCAGAACAAAAGGAAAGAAAUGGCAUGCCCAGAGAUGGAAAUGGCUGCAAAGUCUACCUCUCAGAACGAAAGGGAAGAAACGGCAGACACGGAGAUAGAAAUAAGCACAAAGUCUGCCUCUUGGAACAAAAGGGAAGAAUCGGCACAUGAAGAGUUGGAUGUAGUUGAAGCUCAGGAAAAUCCUGCUGCUAGUGAGGGUGAUGACAAGAUGGAUGUGGAUGAGCAGGCCAAGGAAUCUGAAAUGGCUGAGAGAAACUUGAGUUUUCUAUCUGAAAAUGUGGAUAUGGAGAAUGAGGAAUUGGAGAGUGUAAGUCCAUCAAACCCUUUGUUGGCAGAGUCAAAAUGUCAAGAUCAUGCUGCUCUUGGUGAAACUGUCAGCAGUAGGAAUGCCACGUGGGGACAGCUUCGUAAUGUUUGCGCUCAAGCCACUGAUAUCACUGAUAAGUCCUUUGGAAAUCCAGCUCCGGAUCAAGAGAGUCAACACAAGAGUGACUUUCAGCUAAGACAAGAGUUUGGUAUAACCUCUGAUAUACAAAUUUGUAUGCAAAGAAUUAGUAAAACUGCACAGCCAGAUCUACAACCAGAGAAACUUGUGGUAAACAAACGCACAUUAGACGGCCUUCGCAAAUUGAUCCAGGGGUCACAGCUACAGGCAAAAAUCCAGCAGAUGAUUCAGGAGCCCCAAACAAAGAUGGAGGAGGAUACAGGUGGGAACAAAGUCGGAAGAAAAAAGCUGGAGCAAAAUGGAAAGGAUGCAAAUAAAGUUGUUCCUUCACUCAGCACUAGAAAUGUUUCACCUGCCUCUAAACGCAGAGGCAAAAAGUCACAAAAUGUUUCCAUUUCUCCCAUUGAAAGUUUGGUCUCACAAACUUGUCAAGAUGAAGUUUGUUCAUCCCGUCAAAAUUCUGGAGAAGUAGCAGAAUCUACAGCUGAUAAGGUUCAAAUGCAAUGUGAAAUUCCAGCUGAUAUUACUGGUAACACACGUUGUCAUACUCCCUCAUCACAACAAACUGCAACACAGACUAGUCAAACACUCUCACCUUCUUCUGCAACAAGAAAGACACCACCACGCUCAAAGAAAGGUAAGGUGUGCACGGCCUGUCCUUGUGGGACUGUGUUAGGGACUGCAGAGGCAACUAUAUCCCUCCAACCACAGGAGAGGCCGAACCCACCCACUGUUGAGUCACACAAAGAGACAAGGAGAAGCUGCCUAGAUAAAAAGCCAGGGGAGAGCUGGCAACCUGAGACCAAUCAACCAACAGGAGCUUAUGAUUCUGUUAAGAAAGCAGUGAAGAAACGGUUAUCAAGCAGUCCACAGAAUGGCAAAUCUUCAUCAAAAAAGUCUACAAGAGAAACCUCGCACUCCAUCUCACUUCAUAGUUUAGCGAACAUUACACCAUCGGAUGCCUUCUCUUCAUCCACUUUGCAGGACGGCAACCAGAUUGAGAUGUUUUCAAAUGGAACAGAAUACAGUACCAUACCGAGCAGCCCCACACGGACUGAGACGUCAGAACAAGACUCCAGCCAUGCGCAAAUAGCAUCAAAUGAAACCAGCAUGCCAUCCAAUGUAACCAGCAUGGCAUCACAUUCAUGGAAACAGCAGGUUCCCAAAGUAGACAAAUUGUCAACUCAAGAGUUGUACUCUGUAGAUGUGCUGGAUGCUGAGGAGAUAAAACGCCGUGAAAGAAUCGAACGCUUAAAGGAUCUUCUUAAGCAAAAGGAGGCUGCGCUGGAAAGGAUGCAACAAAGCAUGAAUUUUUAGUCAUGUUUAAUUCUGUUUAAAAGACUACGCCACAUGGCAAGAACAUGAGGGUAACUGGGAAUACCACCAUCAAAUGUACAAGAAAUGUAUACAUUUUGCACAGCAUCUUUGUUUGCUCUUAACUUUUCCCCUUUUUAAUAUGUAUUGCAAAUUUCAGUCAUAUUUUGGUUAGCUUUGUUGUGUUCCCAAGCACAUUGUUUUGUGCGCUUGUCUUAUUUAUAGUUUGCAGUAUAUUUAAGCAACAAUAGAUGCUGUCAUUUGUUUUUGUCAUCUUUAUGAUUGUAUUUUAGGUGCCUUUUAUAAAUAAGUUGUUGGUAUGUUUUUUGCUGUAGUUCGUUAUAAUACAGCUUAAUUUUUAAUUAAAAGUAAAAAAAAAAAACUCAAAUGCACUGUUAGUGUAAAUAAAAUAAAUUUUCAGAAAUGUGUUAGCUGUCCACAUAAAACAUUUUUUGGAAGUGGUAAUAUUACUAUUAUGUAUAGUGUAAAUACAUGUUUGCUUUAAGGACAUUUUACAAUAUUUGAUUUCCAGGCCUGGAAAAUUCAAGGAAAUUAAUAAGGUAUUAAAAGGUUGUGGAAAUUUCUACAGUUAAAGUUGGUUGUGCUCGGUUCUUAAAUAUUACAUCAGCUGGAAAUGACACUUUAUGAGUGUAUAAUUUGUACCACAAAAUCCUUAUCCAGUAACCAUAAUGACACUAUCCUGCAGUAAGAGAAUUGACAGCUAAUGACCGUGUAUCCUCUCUUUUUUACCUUUCGUUGCAUACUUACUGUAUUGACUGUUCUACUAACAAGAUUCCAUUUUUUUUUUUUUUUUUUUUUUUUUAUGGGAUUUGGAACAAUAUAUAUUUUUUGUGUUCAAGCUUCAUAAAUCUGGUCAAAGUGCAGUCUUUUAACAGACAGCUUGUUGUCACUACAUUUAAUCUCACAAUUUAAAGCAAGUUUUGGAGGUUAUUUGAUUAGACGACUAGUGUUCAACUAGUUUGCAAAAUAAUUGCCAGAGUGCCAUUGUGACGAGGCGGAAGGGCGUGGCUGGGCGCUGAGUUGUCUAAUCAGCGGGAGAGAAACAAGGAGAGGCCAACGCCAUUUCGAGAGAGACACAUAUAAUUGUGUGUGCGUCUUUGUUUUGUUUUGUUUGCAGCAAAGCACUUUUAUGUUAAGUUAUUUUCGGUCAUUAAAGUUUACGUUUCUGUUUAGCCGGUUCCCGCCUCCUCCUUUCCGUUAAGUAGAGAUCUUGUCCGUUACAGGCAUUUAGUCUUCUGUAAUAAAGCCUUCAGCAUUUUCUUUAACAUUAAUUUGCUAAGCCUUUUUUAACAACAUUUAAAACAUAAUGGAAAUUAAUGCACUGUAGCUUAUCUUUCUCAUGUCCCAACAUAUUCCGAUUCGUGCAGCUACAGCAAACACAUGUAUAGCCAAUUUUGUCCACAAGUUCACCUAAAUUUGCAGGAUAUAGUCUGAGCUUUAAACUCCAAAUUUCAAUUUCAGCCAAUAAAAAUAGCAUUUGGGGUGCAGUAGAAAGUUGGUCAUACAGCAGUAUCCCUACAUUUUAGAUUGUUUAAAAAUCACAUUAUACUGUUUAAACGAAAACCUAAUUUGUAUACUUAUGUAGUUGGCUUUAAGAUUGUAUGUUAUUUCAAUGUAGUGUGUUUCUUGUAGUGUCAGGGGUAUGUCUCUCCAUUAUACUGUUGUUAGUUCAUGUCUGCUGUUUUUAUUCUACCCUCAUUGUUUUUAUUGGGUUUGUUGAAUCUACUUGAGGUUAAAUUUUCCUCUAGCACAGUUCUCAAAAUCAUUACUGUGAGGUACUCAGUGGUGGUUCUGGCAUAGGCUACUUGGUAGAACUGUAGAACCCAACACCCUGUCAUUUAAGGGUCAACACUUGCCCAGUAAUUGAUGAUAUUGUGUGGGUGUGUGUACACUCACUGAGCACUUUAUUAGGAACACAUGUACACCUACUAAUUCAUGUGAUUAUAUAAUGAACCAAUUAUGUGGCAGCAGUGCAAUGCAUAACAUCAAGCAGAUAUGGAUCAUGAGCUUCAAUGAAUGAUCACAUCAACCAUCAGAAUGGGGAAAAAUGUGAUCUCAGUGAUUUCGACUGUGGCAUGAUUGUUGGUGUCAGAUGGGCUCAUUUGAGUGUUUCUUUAACUGUUGAGCUCCUGGAAUUUUUAUGCAUAACAGUCUCUAAAGUUUACUUAGUAUGUUGCCAAAAUUAAAAAACAUCCAAUGAGGGUUAGUUCUGCAGAUGGAAAUGCCUUGUUGACGAGAAAGGUAAACUGAGAAUGGUCAGACUGGUUCGAGCGACAUAAAGGGAAUGGUAACUCGGGUAACCACUAUAGCGUCUCAGAAUGCACAACACUUCGAUGGGCAGAUGGGCAAUAACAGGAAGACAUUGGGUUCUACUUCUGUAAACGUUGCCUGGUCUGAUGAAUCUUGAUUUCUGCUGAGGCAUACAGACAGUAUGGUCCAAAUCAGUGGUGGAAAUAGUAAUGUUUUUUUAACUUAAGUAAAAGUACUACUACUGAAGAAAUAAUUAACUUGAGUACAAGUAGAAUUACUGUGAAAUAUGACUCAAGGAAGAGUAAAUAAGUAGUUUUUAAUAAGUAAGUAAAUGACUCAAGUAAUUCUGUUACAAGUUACACUUUGUGCUUCCAUUUUUAGAACACAAAUACAUUUUUGUUUUUGACAGAAUUUGAUGCUUCCUUUCACCAAUGAUGCAUUAAAU